CCGCAGCGGCGCUGCGGCAGCUUGCGUUUUAUUUUGGUCUUGUCCUUCGUCGAGGGAGGAGGUAAACAGCUGGAUGCGAAAUAACUUUAUUUUUUGAUGUUUUAGGCUUCUGACGAGCCAUGGAGGCCGGGAAAACGAGACCGUGGACCGAUGACCUGAAGGUUUGCCCGCACACGGGCGUCGGAGAGGCCACCAAUCAGAAAUACAGGGAGGACGGAAGCAGGAUCGAGGCGUACAAGUCGCGGGACAAAAAGUGCCUCUGCAUCGUUGAGGACACCUUGCUGUACGCCGUUUACUCGGGCCACAAUGGGGUGCGCGUUUCGGACUUUGCGCUCCAGAAGAUGGCGGCGGAUCUGCUGCUGGGACAGCUGAACGGGCGGACCACCGAUGAGGCCGUCAAGGACGUCAUCCGGCAGGCUUUCCACUCGGUCGAGAAGGGUUACUUCGACUCGAUCGACGCCGAUGUGGCCACCAAGACGGCGCUGCAGCUGCAGCUGUCGGUGGACGGGCUGAGUCAGUACCAGAUCUCGCAGGAGUUUGGAGCGUUGCUGGAGAAGCUGGGCAAGAUCAACGUGGAGCUGUCGGUUGGGAGCAGUGCCGUGCUGGCGUUGAUCUACCAGUCUAAGCUGUACAUCGGGAAUAUUGGAAACUGUCGGGCGCUGCUGUGCAAGACGGAUGAGUUCGAGACGCUGACCGUGACGCAGCUCAGCGUGGACCACAAUCUGUACAACGAAGAGGAAGUGCUGCGACUGCUUAGGCUUGGGUUGGAGGCGCAGAAUUUCGAAAACUGUCCGCUGUACAGCACUCGAUGCAUCGGCAACUAUCUUGGAAAGACCGGCUACAAGGACUGCGACUUCCUGUCGGAUGCCUCCUCCGAACCGGUAAUCUUCCAACCGGAGAUCGUCGGAUCGCUGCCAAUCACGUCGGCGUGCAAAUUCCUCGUCCUGAUGUCCAGCGGACUGUGCCGAGCCCUGCACGACCUGUACCCAGGUGACACCAGCAAGGGAAACCGCAACCUGAUCCAGAUGAUCGCAGAGGAGUUCCAAAACCAGUCAACCCUCGCUGGAGUUGCCCAGUCGGUCGUCCAUCGAGUCGUUCAGCUUCACCACGAUGCCUUUAUGCAGCAGGUCGACGAGGGCAACUCCGUGCCUACGUUCUCCAACCGGGACGACAUCACGCUGCUGAUCCGGAACUUUAACUACCCGCUGCCGAACGCGUUCAACAACCGGAAGAACAGCAGCCGCUCGUACACCUCUUCGACGUCGACGACCAGCGGUUCGGACGCAACCCCCACGAAUUACUCCGUCGAGAUGGACUUUUCCGGAACGAUGGCGAGUGGCGUGGGAACGAACGUAUCGGUGACGAGUUCGGAGCGCAGCGAAGUGGACAGCUUUCCCGAGCAGGAGCGCAAGAGCUACAAGAGUUAUGUGGACUUUUCGGAUUACCAUAGGAGGGUGGCCGAAGCCAGGAAGCUGGGCAAGUUGCCGAGGGGAAUCGACUUCGAUUGAGUGCCUUUUUAAAUUGUUUUUAAUCACAAAAUAUAAAUCCUAGUCGUAGUUCUA